AUGAUGAUCCACCAAUGUACUUCCAAGGUUUCUCAAUCGCCCUUUCCUAACUUCAAACCUCCGCCGAGGAAGCCCAACUCUCUAAUUGCUCACUGCGGAUCGAAUCUCGAGCUAGAUUCAAAGCCGCCGGCCCUCGGAUUGGGCCCCCACACGGGCCGAGACCCGAAUGUCAAGAAGCCCGGGUGGCUAAGGCAGAAGGCGCCGCAGGGGAAAAAAUACGAGGAGGUGAAGGAGUCGCUCUCUAGGCUCAAGCUCAACACCGUCUGCGAGGAAGCUCAGUGCCCCAACAUUGGAGAAUGCUGGAACGGCGGCUCCGACGGCAUUGCCACUGCCACAAUCAUGGUGCUCGGGGACACGUGCACGAGGGGCUGCCGGUUUUGUGCGGUCAAGACAAGCAGGAACCCUGCGCCUCCUGAUCCCAUGGAGCCGCACAACACCGCCGAGGCUGUUGCCAGCUGGGGUGUGGAUUAUAUUGUUGUGACCAGUGUGGACCGAGAUGAUCUACCUGAUGGUGGAAGUGGCCAUUUUGCUGAGACAGUCAAAGCAAUGAAGAGGCUCAAGCCUGAUAUCAUGGUUGAGUGUUUAACAUCCGAUUUCCGGGGUGACCUGGAGGCUGUAUCCACUCUUGUUCAGUCAGGGUUAGAUGUUUUUGCUCACAAUAUCGAGACUGUUAAACGGCUGCAGAGGAUUGUUAGGGAUCCUAGGGCUGGGUAUGAGCAAAGUUUAUCUGUGCUUAAACACGCAAAGUUGAGCAAGGAAGGCAUGAUAACAAAAUCAUCAAUCAUGCUGGGUCUUGGUGAAACUGAUGAUGAAGUGAAGGAAACCAUGGCAGAUUUAAGGGCCAUUGGGGUUGACAUUUUGACCCUGGGGCAGUAUUUACAGCCGACUCCUUUGCAUCUAACUGUCAAGGACUACGUUAGCCCUGAAAAAUUUGCUUUCUGGAAAGAUUAUGGCGAGUCAAUUGGCUUCCGAUAUGUUGCCAGUGGACCUUUGGUUCGAUCUUCGUAUAGAGCUGGAGAGCUGUUUGUCAAGACCAUGGUGAAACAAGAGAGGGCUAAGAAUACACGAGACAUUACUAUGUGA